AUGGCGCAGACAGAAGGAGUACUCGCGUGGAAUCCAGCGUUUCGACCUGAGGAUAACGAUUCCGUUACGACCGAUCUGGCCAGGUUGGCGCUAGAUUCCGAGAAGGAACUUUCAGAAACUACAGACAUUGACACCCACGUGUCUCCCUCUGCCGAAAAAAUCACUGAAGAGAAUGGUCUUAUUGAGUCCAAAGCCGCUAUUUCUGCUGAUACCAGUGACCAAGGUGCACUCGAUGUGGUCGACUCGAGUACGCCGGCUGCCGAUGACAGCUCGAAACCGGACAUUGAGGAGCCCGAAGAACCCAGCCGUGAUGAGUCGAUUUCUAUGCAGACUGAUGAGCCCCGGGCAGUUGAAGAUGUCACAGAGAACGUGCCUACGGAGAACGGCGAUGUUGACAUGACAAAUGGACUUCGACUGGAAGAGCAUGUAGCAGAAGAACCACAUUAUGAGGUGCCGGAAAAAUCUACUGGCUUGGCAAGUCAGAAUGAUGCACAGGAUUUGUUUGAGGGCGGUGACACUGCCUGGAUGGAUGAAGCUGAGGGCGAGGAAAAUGGCGCAACAGUCAACGGAGAGGCUAGCGAUAGCCGCCCGGGCUUCUGGGACAAUCUCGGGGAUAAUGAACGCGAUAAUGAGGAUGACUUCUUUAACCAGCUCAAAACACAAACAAAGCCGAUAUAUAGUCCGCCAGAAACAGAAUCUCGGUUCGAAGAGGGAAUUCCGCUACUAGGUCACGGUGCGGCGACACAAAACGAUCAAGCUCAAAAGGGGGAGGGCCAACUCGACGACUUUUUCGGAGGCGAUGAAGAUGUCGAGAGCGGAUUUUUUAGUGAAAUCCAGAAGUCAGCUUCAGCCGAAGGACCUUCCCACAUCACGCGCAAGAGCACCAGUCAAGUCAUCCAUUCUCUUAAUGCGGUUCCGGACUCUCCGUUCAGUGAACCAUCGCCAACAGCCGUGGAGUUCAACAACAGUUUGGUUGUGCCAACAGCGGACGGUGAAAUCAAAGAGGCUCCCUCAGAAGAAGAUCUUGCCGCAAGGUGGCAAGCGGAACUUUCCGAUGAUGCUGACGACACUAUGCCUACCGAAGAUGAUCUGGCUGCCCGGUGGCAGGCGGAACUCGAUGAUGAUGAUGAUGAAUUGCUCUUGGAUGAUGAUACGACGAAUGCACAGGGACCACCAGAGGCUGCCAAUAUAGAUCAUAUGAACGACACUGCAAUCCUUCAGAGUCCAUUCGGUACCCUGAGAACCCUGCUCGACCCAAAGCGCAACCGUGCGCCUCAGCCCACCAAUGCUUCCAUGUCAAGUUACUACUCAGCACAAGCUCCUCCGAACCCUGUUACAACUAGAGCAGAGAGUUUCGCAGAACGUUCGAAGGAAGGCUACAAGUCACCUUAUGACCUUCCAGAGGAUCUUGCGCGGCCUCGUCGGGCCGUUGCCAACAGCAGAACAGUUGUUGCACAGCCUGGCACCGUACCGCAGCCGCCUCCGCGGAGCAGUAGCAUACCUGCACCUCCUUUGAAGGCGUCAGCAGUCCCUCCUGCACCGCUUGGAACCUCAUCGGCAGCCCCAACAGCACCUCAGAAGAACUUCUUCGAAGAACUUCCACUGCCGCCUCCUAGGCCCAAUACCGCAGUCGGUCCCCCUCCCGCGAAUCCGUAUUCGAAUGUUCCGGCAGCGCCCCAGUCCAAUAUCGGGCCCCCAAAUCCACCCCAAUUGCAGCAGCCGGAAAGGUUGGACCCAUACUCGAAUCUAUUAGCGCCCAAUGUACCAAGCGCGCCGGCCGUUCCAAGCACUGCGUCAAGAUACUCGCCAAGGCCUCCCGGUCUGCAGGCUGGUGUUAAGCCCCCUCCUUCGCCCAGAUACUCUCCAGCCCCACCUCAGUCUACGAAUGCUGCGGCGGCGGCUCCUCCUCGCAAUCGGUACGCCUCACAACCAGCAAGUAUCUCAGGGCAGGGAGCUGCUUUACAGUUCCAACCACGCACAUCGAGCCCUCUGGCUUACCACGAGAAGAUACACUAUCAAGAUCAAGGCCAAAGUGAAGAGCGGCCUCAACUGCAACCAACAGCUAGCCCUCCUCCGUUGAACCAUUCGCAUCCGUCAGAACAGCCGGUCUCCUCAGAAGAUAAAGGCCCUAGCAGCGCGGUCGUCCCGGACAAUAUGCCUCCGGUAUUUACACGACCGCAAUCGCCAGCCAAAAAUCCAUAUGCUCCUUCCGCAUAUACCAAUGAAUUUGCCAAGCGCGCAGCUCCCGUAUCUACCGGUCCACCUAUCGCCGGAAUGACGGGAGUCCUGAAUCCUUCAUCCACUGAGGAAUCCCCGUUUGUCCCUCCUCGUCGAUCCCAGACACAGUCUCCCAGUCAAACCCUCAGCCCCAGAUUGUCCGUUCCCUCGCUCGACCCUUUCCAACGGCCUGCUUCUGUGCAUGGUUCGACGUCUCCGACGCGAACGGUUAAUCCUUACGCCCCAGCAUCAGUUCCCACCCACAACCGUGCACCUUCUCAAGUGCUUGAGUUUAUCCCUCCAACUGAUGGACAACAACUCGACUCCCUGGAACGGUGGAAGGGUGCACCAACUUUCAAGUUCGGGUUUGGUGGCGCUGUGAUAUCUUGCUUCCCCAAGCAUAUCCCACGUUACUCGGCUGGCCAGGCAGCCCCGAUGAUCAAAUCUUGUCCUGGUGAGGUCCGAGUCAGCCAGCUGAAUGACUGGCUUCCCGCUGCUGAGGGUAUUGUGCAACAUCCGGGUCCUCUGAAGGGCAAGUCGAAGAAGAAAGACCUGGUUGCUUGGCUUUCUAGCAAAAUCGCAGCCUUCGAAAACGCCGAUAUCCCCGAUUUCGAUCGUCUUUCACCUGAUGCUUCUAAACGCCGCGAGGAGAAGACCCUUUUAUGGAAGGUCAUCCGAAUCUUGGUCGAGAACGAUGGUGUUCUGGAAGGCUCCGUUGAAGCUCAGAAGUCUUUGCGUAACCUACUAUUUCCCAACCUGCAGGAUUCUGCGCCCAAUCAAUCGCUUGGAGAUGGCUUUACACCAUCUGCAACUCUACGACCCUUGAACGCGCCCUCUCAACCUGAUGCUGUCGAUCCUCGGUCAGUAGAUUCACUCCGUGAUACUCUUGUACUUGGAGAAAGAGAGAAAGCAAUCUGGGCUGCAGUAGACAAACGUCUCUGGGGCCAUGCUAUGAUAAUAGCCUCGACGAUGGAUAGAUCGGUCUGGCAGCAGGUUGUCCAGGAGUUCGUGAGGCGAGAAGUGAGAUCGGCGACAAGCCGCACCGAGUCUCUAGCGGCGUUCUACGAGAUUCUUGCCGGAAAUAUCGAGGAAAGCAUUGAUGAGCUAGUUCCCCCUUCGGCCAGGGCCGGCUUGCAAAUGAUCAGCAAGGUUGACGGACAUGGACCUGCCAAGAAUUCUCUUGAUGGCCUUGACAGCUGGCGGGAAACUUUGGGACUGGUACUGAGCAACCGCAGCCCCGACGAUCAACGAGCGCUGGUUGCUCUCGGCCGACUGCUUCUCUCUUAUAACCGUACUGAGGCCGCUCAUAUUUGUUUCAUUCUCUCUCGCGCCGCUGUGUUCGGCGGGGUCGAUGACCCGCUAGCAAAUAUCGUGCUUCUCGGAGUGGAUCAUCAACGCUUGGCGUCCUCCGCUGCUUUGUACGACGACGAUUCUAUCCUGCUCACCGAGGCCUAUGAAUUUGCGACAUCUGUGCUUGCGGGCUCGUCCGUGUCCACACUUCCGCAUCUGCUGGCGUUCAAGCUAAUUCAUGCAUGGUCGCUUGCGGAUCGUGGUCGCAAGUCUGAAGCUCAACAGUACUGCGACGCCAUCGCAGCCGCUCUAAAGGCAACCACAAAGCCGUCCGGCUAUCACAAUCAGUACCUGUUCUUCGGUGUGGAUGAGCUAUCGGCGCGCCUCAGAGAAUCGACCAGCGAUGGCGGAUCAUCCUGGAUUUCGAGGCCCAGUAUGGAGAAGGUAUCGGGCUCGAUGUGGGCAAAGUUCAACAGCUUUGUUGCUGGAGAUGACAGCGAUGCAGCUUCCACUGGCUCAGGGAAGGCCGAAGAGAUCGGACCGUUUGCCAGAGUCUCUGGAACUCCCACCAUUAGUCGCUCACCGUCAGUAUCCGACAUCUAUGGGUCCUAUCCUGUGGCGGCGGCUCAGCCGUUGCCCGGUACUGGUCCCUCUCGCUACCAACCAGUGAGCCAUUACGCUCCAAGCGCUUCACCCGAGCAACUUCGUGGUAGAUCGUCUAUGGACUCUCAGAGGUCUGCAUCGUUCGGGUACCCACUAGGACAGCGACGAGGUUCUCAGGAGCCUUCUACACCGGUUGACACGAACAUGUAUCACGGAAUGCCAAUGUAUGGCUCUCCGCCGGUUGCUGGUUACCAGUCCACGCCUCCACAAUCAUCCUACAUGCCUUUGGCACCUGUUGCAGAGGAUUCGGCAUCUGGAGCUCAACAAGGAACUUUCUCCGCACAUUCUCAGGUCUCCGACAGUGCCCCGUCCCACCGGCCUUCUAUGUAUGCACCGGAACCAUUUGGUCAACCUUUCGACAUCACUACGACGUCUCAACCAGACCAGGGCGGAUAUAUGCCUCCUGCCAGCAAGGGGGCCUACGAACCUCCAUCCGUUGAGUCUAAUAAAGAGCCUGCAUCGGACGAUGUUCAGGAUGAGUCUACUGAAGAGGACAAGCCAAAGAAGAAAUCAUUCAUGGAUGAGGACGACGACGAGGAUCUUGCAGCGCGCGCAGCCGCAAUUCAGAAGGCAGAGAGGGCACGCCGGGACCGCGAAGCUGACGAGGCGUUCCGCAAAGCGGCCGAAGCAGAUGCCAAGAAACCCCCGCCUGCAACAGGGAAGAAGGGAUGGUUCAGUGGAUGGUUUGGAGGCAAGAAAGACGACAAUAGCGGCGGAGGGCCAAUCCGUGCCAAACUUGGGGAGGAGAAUUCAUUCUACUAUGACACCGAACUCAAGAAGUGGGUUAACAAAAAGGAUCCCGGGAGUGCUGCUCCAACGCGUGGAACGCCACCCCCACCGAAGGGUUCGGCACCUCCCAGUAGAUCAAUGAGCGGCAGUGGUGGGCCGCCACCUGCUAUGGCGACGCCUCCGCCGACAGGGGCCUCGGGAAGCCGGCCAUCCUCUUCUGCAGGCGCACCUCCGUCCGUGACUGCUAGCCCAGCUCCCCCCUCGCUUGGAGCUCCGCCUCCUGCUAUCCCACGGUCUGUGUCGACGGGCGCAGUCUUGCCGACUCCUCCGAGCAGUUCAGCCGGGGCACCACCCAGGCCCGCAACGUCAUUGAGCAAUGCCAGCUCAAUAGACGACUUACUCGGGGCACCGCAGGCGCGCAAAGGCCCUGCAGCCAGGGGGAAGAAGAAAGGCCGCUACGUCGACGUUAUGGCGAAGUAA